CCACCACAUACACACACACAUACACACACAAACAAAGGCACUUUUAAGAGCCACGUCUGUCUUGUUAAUCUGUACUCAUCAGUCUCUCUGUAGCUCUCUCUCUCUCUCUCUCUCUCUCUCUCUCUCUCUCUCUCUCUCUCUCUCUCUCUCUCUGUUUACAUUUAUAUUUGUUUUUCUGUCAUCUCUUCGUUGUGAGUCUUUCUGUCUGUUUGUGUUUCUGCCCAUCACAAUGUCCAAGAGUGAUUCAGAAAUCCAAGAACAUCUCAUGAUCUUAGAUAACUUGGUUGAUGACCAAGAACUGAAGGAUGAGCUCCAAAGUCUUGAUGACCUUCUUGAUGAGCUGCAAGAAGAGGAGGCAGCAGCAGCAGCACCAGUGAAGACACCUGAGCCGAGGGUGGUAUGGAGAAAAAGAGACAAUACUGGAAAUAUUGUUUAUGCGAGGCCAAGAUCAAGCAGGAAUCAUUCAAAUGAGGCUGAUCACAUUCGGAAGACUGAUCCUCCCUCCUUUGCUCCUGACACUAACAGUGAGGUGGCCUUCCCUCCAGAGACUGUUGAGUGUUUUCUACAAGAUCUCCAACACUCACUAAGCGAAUUCUCAGGUGAUGAAGCAUCACCUCUUGAAACCCCAAGAGAUCCUCUUCUGGCUUCCUCAAACUGGAGCAAACGACAAAGUCUCUUUUCAGAGAGGUGGAGGGCAGAGAGACCCCGCCUGGUAAACACGGCUGCGGCGCAAGAACAUGUGGCAACACACAUCUGCCAACAGUGUGGGAGUAAUCCAGCUGCUGUCCGGUGUUGUGACUGUAGACCACGUCCAUUCUUCUGUGCUGAAUGCGACGUCAGCAUGCACACCAGACAUGUUCUUCACAACAGAGAUGCCAUGACUGCUGGAUUCUUCCAACCAUUGCCUCCAACAACUUUCGUGGUGGAUAAGGCUCUUUCCCAUUGUGUCCGGCUUGUACCUGUGGAGAUGCCUGACAAAAUCUGUGGUUGUUCACCAGAGUCAUUGAGGGUUAGUCCAGGCAAGACUGUUGCUGUGGUCACAAUGAAUGGACGACAUGAUCUAAGCAUGCCCGAGUUAAUUUGUGAGGCAUGCCAAGCCACUUGGACUUCUGGAGUCGCUGACCUAAACAGAAGUGACUACUGGCCUGCAACCCUUCAAUUUGCCACAGUUUAUGCCACAGAUGUCUUUUUUUCAUUUGAAGAAAUGAAGAUGGCGGCACCAGGACUGUCCUGCCAAGCAUUUUUAAGAAUGCUGAAUCAGCGAACUGUCCGCUUUGGUCGUACUGGCAAGAUCUCAGCAGACAGUUUUCUGAAAAGUUUUUUUGAGUGGGAGGCUGUGCGAUUUGAGUUGGACAAUAUAUGCAAGGAAGAGCCCUUCAACUGUCCUGCGUGCACCCCUGAAAUGCUUGCAGUUUCAGUUGAUGGAAACCGCAAGCAUUAUCGUUUCAAGAAUGCUGCUAGAUCUGAGGAACAGGCCAUCUUUGAAGGCGUCUUCAUUGCCAAGGACGAAGACGUGAAAAGAUUUGUGGACCACAUUCACAACACAACCAAACAUGUCAGUGGAAGAGGUGUUUGUGGAGGGGAGUGGUCAGCAGCCAGAGAGACCUCACAAAGAUCUGCCAGCAAGGUAGACGAGGAGGGAUUGGAGCUUGCGGUGUGUCGGCACGGAGUCCUGCUCUGUGCCUUAAAUAUGUAUAGGGGGGAAAUUUUUGCCUAUCCCCUGUACCUGCAAGAAAAGCUGGCCAGUAGGCAAAUCACUUUUUUUUGCAUGGAUGUGACCUGCAAAUAUUGGCCCUACCUCCAAAGAGUUGCAAAAAGCUGUCCAGAGCUCCAGCACCUUCUCAACAUGAAGCCAUUCCUUUCGGUAUUUCAUGCCAAAGCCCAUGAUUUUAAAUGCGAGGUGAAAUGGAGUGGGGCAUGUCAGGAUGGGGCUGGUUUAACACUGGGGGAGGAGGUGGAACAGUGCAAUGCCUUCCUCUCUAGGAUUGCAGUGACCACAAAACAUAUGUCAAAAGCAGGACGCACAGACAUGCUGACUCUCAUGGCCAUGCGCUGGAAUCAGCAAAAGUUUAACAAUUUGGCAAUCUCACUGACCCGCCGAUAUCAAAAGACCACAAAAGCUCUGCAAAGCCAGUUACUAAACCUAGAGACCAUGAAAGCCCAAUUGACAGUGACAGCGAGCCAAUUGGAAGACUGGGUGAAUGAUGUAAAGGAUUGGGCUGACGCAGCAACAACAACUACGAAUGAUGCUGAUGCCUUGGCCAGCAGAAUUGAGGUGCUGGUAGCCAGUAUCAAGAGACGUUCCCAGUGCUUCAAAUGUUAUUCUGCAACCCCAUACUAUUUUAGAGGUUCUUUGAAGUUUGAUGUUUAA